GUCAUGUCUCCAUGAUUGAUAUUUUACUGGCAAACAUGCUUGCAAAAUCCCACCAGUAGACCUGUUGGGGCAUGGAGAUAACUGUGGUCCCUGAGGGCCUGAACACUACCCGUAAUCACCCAAGGACCACUCUCAGCAAAGAGAGCAGGUAUAUAAGCCACUGAGGAAAAACCACCCUCCACAACCUACGAGGAAAAUAUCUACACAAAUUUACUACUGAGGAAAUGGAGUUCAGAGCUAUGCUUCUGCUGACCCUCCUGGGCUUCUUGUUCGUGGAGCCAGGGUUUGGACAGAGAGGUGACAUGGACAUCACUGAGUGGAUGAGAACUAAAGAACAGCUGAUAAAGAAUUUGGAGGACAAACUGACAGAUAUAGAAAGACAGCAGAAUGAUGUUGAAGCUCUGGAGGCCAGGCUCAAUGCAACUGUGGACGAGCUGACAAGACAGAAAGCUGAAAUGGACAAACUGAAGAAGGAGAAUGAAGGUCUGAAAACAAGACUAAAUACCUCAGAGGUGGAGAUUGAUAAGCUGAAACAGAGUAGCAGUGAAGCUGCUUCUCAGAUUGCGUUCUCUGUUUCUUUGGCAAACUCUGGUGAGAUUUACAGAGGACCCUGCACAGACAAGACUCUGGUUUUUAAAAGGAUCUUCUCAAACACUGGCAAUGCUUACAGUCAAAGUACAGGAGUGUUCACAGCACCAGUGAAUGGUCUCUACUACUUUAGCUUCAGCACCUAUGGCUACAACACCCAUGUGAUGGGGGCCAUACUGAUGAAAAAUGGUGUCCGUCAAAUUUCAACCUAUGAUUACACUUCAGUAGACGGCUCAGACAGUAGCAGUAACGCUGCUGUUCUGCAGCUGGCUGCUGGUGAUAAGGUGCACAUGGAAUUGUGGGAUAACGGCAGAGUGUUUGAUAACCUGAAUGGACACACGACCUUCAGCGGUUUUCUCCUCUUCCCCAUGUAGAUGAUCAGACACAAAA